AGAGAAACACCAGUACAGAGGAGAAGCAACUAACUGUUUAAGCCUUCAUUUACACUAUGUUUCUGCAAAAAGUUUUCCUCCAUUUUUUCUGAGAUAGCUCUUUAUUUGGGAUGAAUACCGAGGAAGAUUGUUUGCCUUCAAAUUCCAGCUGCAGCUCAUCCUGUGUGAAAAUCUACCUCUGCUCCAACCCAGAAGACAGCGUGGUUGAGCGUCGUGCUCUCAGAGAGAGUGUGUUCCCCAGGUUUAGAGAGAACUGCAGGCGCUCACACCGACUGGAUGUCAGGGUGAUAGACCCGUAUGAGUCCAACGAUCCCAGUUGUUGGCCCGAUGAAAUCAGCAGACAACAGCUGAUUGAAGAAUGCAGAGAGAGCUCAGCUGGACCUUUUUUACUGGCUCUGGUAGGACAUCAGUAUGGGACUGCCAGUCUGCCCCCCCGGGUGGAGGUGUCAGAGUUCCAGCUGCUGCUGCAGGUGAUGCAGCAGGCAGGUAGCAGCACCCAGGACCUGGAGCAGAGCUACCUGAGGGAUGAGAACGCCGUCCCCGCCUCCUACUGCCUGAAACCUCCCCUCACACAUACCUGCAGUCCUCUGCUGGCAAACGUGAAGGAAGAGGAGGAGAGCAAUAGGAAGAACACAGAAGAAUUAGUGAAGGUGUUUCAGAGCGCUGCGAGUCUGUGUGUCCAGAACGGCCUCAUGAGCCCAGAACGAGUCCAUAGCUUCUACACAUCAGCGCUUGACGCAGAUAUACGGUUCGCUCUGGGCAACCGUCCUGGCAGGGACAUCGUCAACCGCUCUGUGGUCUACGUCCACAAGGUCCUUAAUGCAAAAGCCGACACAAAAGAGAGGCUGAAUUUACAGCUGCCGUCAGAGUCAGAGACUAGGAUCCUUGAUUCAAGCAAGUCGAGUGAAGCACCAGCACAUGGGGAAUUAUUAUCAGAGCUGUGUGACAACUUCCUACCUGGUCUUAUCACGACCUGCCAACUUCUGGUUUACACUACGACCACUGAGUGUGACCAGCGCCAUGGUUACACGUCAGCCCGGCGGCGGGGCUAUGCUGACUCUCUGUGCGAGCAGGUGUACUCAGACCUUCUGCUGUUGACUGACAGCUGGAACAUUUCAGCGCCUAGAGGAGAUGCUCACAUGUGUGAUGCUUUAUACCGAGAGAGGGCCGAGCAGGAGCAGCUGCGUGAAGUCUUGUCUCGAUUUUAUGACGUAACACAGCCAGAGGAGGAAAAGAUCAGAGCCUAUGUGGAGCAGAAUGAGCACCGGCGCCCUCUAGUGGUGACAGGAGGACCGUGCACAGGGAAGACUGUGCUGAUUGCACACUGCACUCAGCAACUGAAGUUUUGGCUAACAGACGGGGAUCCUGUUGUGAUGAGUUAUUGGUGCAACCUGUCAAUCAACACAUCACCAAAGCAUCUGCUCUCCAGCCUGUGUCGUCAGGUAGCCUGCAGAUAUAACCACCAGUCUUGCUUGAAGCAGGCUCCCGACUUCUACCCCGUUAAUGACCCAGUCAAUCCCGGCUGCAGCACAAAUUCCAGAGAAUACAUAUCCAACUGCUCCCUGACGUCUCUUUCGGAUUUUGUGAAUGAACACAACACCACAGAGCAUCUUUCGGACAGUAAACUAAACAUCUUUAACAUACCACAUUCAUAUCCUGAAGCUGAUGUUUGUCUGUUUGAACUUGAAGAGCAUCUUGCAUCCCUCCUCAGUCUUCUUCCUUCCCCCAAAAAGCCUCUUGUUUUAAUAUUUGAUGGUUUGGAUCAAAUGAAGAACAACUUUGGUCUUCAGAUAAUCAGAAGCCUCCCCUCCCCCCUCCCCCCCAAUGUCAAACUCAUCCUCACCGUCUCCUCCAACCGAACGCGCCUCCUGCAAGCCAUCAGGCAACAUUACUCACAAGGCCGUCUUCCUCAGCGCGUAUUGGAGGGCAGCAAGACUGAGUCAGGACAUGUGCGUGUGGAGCUGGGAUCUAUGGACAGAAAACAAUGUGUGCAAAUGUUGGCAUCACUGCUGAAAAGUUCAGGGAGGAGGGUAACAUCUGGGCAACAAGCACUGGUGAACCAGGCGCUGACUUCCUGUGGUCUGCCUCUCUACACUCGGCUCCUGCACGCUCACACCUCGCUGUGGCACUCUGAUUCAGAUGUGACUGAGUCGUCUCUCCCUGAUGGCGUCCAUUCAUCCAUUUCUGCACUCCUGGAUCACCUGGAACAGAAACACGGCUCCUGGUUUGUGGCUCGUGCAGUCUCUUACCUCACCCUCUCCAGGACCGGGCUUUCAGAGGCCGAACUCGCCGACAUGCUGUCCAAUGCCGACGACAUUCUUGCUGAGUACGUCUGUCACGCCAAAGGCCCUAUCUGUACGAUGAAGGUCCCACAAGUGAAUGUGGAGAGACUGCUUUUGGAUUUAAAAAGCUUUCUCAUCAAAAGGACAUUUUCAGAUUGGCAUUUGUUGUUCUGGGUGAGCAGGCAUUUCAAGCUGGUUGUGGCUAAGAAGUAUCUUGGCACUCAAGAGGCGAAGAAAAAGACUCAUUCAGAGAUGGCAGACUAUUUUAGCGGUCAAUUGACCCCCGAAAGUGGAAAACCACCUCGUCCUCACCAUUCACCCAGACCCAACAGUAAUGCAGGUAGCCGGGCAUUUCUCUCCUGUUCUUCCAAAGAUGUUGGUUGCAUGAAUGUGAGACAAAUUGUAGACUUACUUCACCACUUGCAACAAAGUGACAGACCGGAGGAGUUUGAACGUUUGCUGUUGAUGUCUUCAGGCUUUCACCAGGCUUUAGUGCAGGCUGGUCUUCUCGGAGAGCUGGUAUCCAUGUUGGAGACUAACGGAGACUCGUCUACAUUUCAGUUUCUAAGAGAAAGAUUGCUCCUCGCGAGCACAUUGAAGUGUUCAUCCUGCUUCCUGGUGAGCUCACCCUUGGAGUUGCCCACAGUCAUGGAGAAUGGCCUCUUGCCUUUUGUCGAGGUCUUUCCUACUCUCGACGGUUACAUCAGAGACAUUAGAGAGAGAAGGAGGAAAAGAGGAAAAGGAUUAGGAGUAGAUCUUUGUCCAAGUCCUCUUUCUGCCACCCCAAUUCAGUGUUUAAAGUCUGGUAACAAAACCAGGGACAUCUGUGUUACAGAAUCGGCUGUUGCAGGGUGCAGUGUUGUUGCAGAGGUCAUGGAGGAUGGUUCUGUUUGGGUUUGGAAAGGCUUUGGGUGUGAUCUAGUCAAACUGUCACUAAGCUUAGAGCAGGAAGAGCUAAAAUUCACCGGAGUGAAGAGUAGUGACCAGUUCCUGCUGCUGUCAACAAGAGUCAACAAGCUUUUUGUGUGGGAUGUGAUGGGCCCAGAAAGGUUUCUAGAGGUUGAAGACAGUUUGCAAACAGAAUUUGAGUCGGGCCAAACUCCCAACAGAGUUGAGGGAUUUGUUGCGUGCCAGAAAAAGUUAGGCAUGUGGUGGAAAAAUGAGAGUUUUGUCAGUGUCUAUGACAUUUCCAGAGAGAACUGGACUCGUUUCCACUGUCAGAGCGCUGUGACCUCUUUGGUUUUCUCAUUUGAUGGCCUUUGGAUUUACUGUGGGCAGGAGGGAGGCUUGGUGUCCAUGUUUGACAUCACAACCAGAAGCCUGGUUGGCACCUGUUCAAACUCGAACCAUGCUGCAGUUUUGUUGAUGAUUCUCUGUGAAGAUGAGCAGGAAAUGGCAUGUGUUGACGCUACUGGGAAUAUAGCUUUUUGGGAUGUAGGAGACAAAACACAACCCACUCUCUUUGAAGAAAACUUUAAUCAGGAUAAUUCAAAAAACAUCCUCAACACAGAUUUUUUGGAUGAAGUCGACACUCUUUUGGUUUGUCAGGCUCACCAGGUAACAGUGUGGGAUACGUGUAACUGGGAGCAGUGGGGCCGGUUCCUGGCUCCACAAGACAGAGCCUUUGCUCAGGCUGUGCUCGUCCAGGAGGGACACCUUAUCUUGGCCUUGUUACACAGCAGCAGCCUUGUUUUGGUGUGGAGGAUCAGCACAGGGGAGUGUGUCCUCUCUUUAGAAACAAACAAGCAGCCCCACACACUCCUCAAAACAGCCUCAAAUGUCAUUUGUGUCACUCAGGAUGGUUCCCUGACAGUGUGGGACUCUGGGAUGAUUGAUGCUGCAGGGACAGCUCCAAAAAUGGGGUGUGGAGUGAAAGACGUUGUGAUUGAACAAUCAGGGAAACGGUUUUAUACGAGAGAUGGCUCCGAGAAAGUGUGGAUGUGGAAUUUAGGUACGGGACUUCCACAGGCAAGCUUCUUACAUGAUGGCCCUGUGGAAAAACUACAGCUUUCACCAAAUUCUAUCCACCUUGUGUCUCUCUCAGCAGGAGAUAUUUAUGUUUGGCGGACUGAAACAGGUGAGAACAUUGUACGGAUCAGCGGCAGUGGAGCUGCAGAUGUCCUGAUCACCCCUAACAGUAACUUUGGAGUGAGCAUUUCUAGGAAAGGCCUUUCUCGUGUUUGGAAGAUUGCGCGUGGAAGUAUUGUGUGCAGCAUACACGUGUGCCUUUCUAGCGCCCAGGUGUCACCUGAGAGCACGUUCCUCAUCGGCCUCCGUGGUGGAGAUUUGCUGGCUGCCAGCCUGUGGACGGGUUUGAUCAGCAAGCGUUUCUCAUGUGUGGAGCACUCAGAGCACGUCGUCUCUUUCCACACACUUAAAGAGCACCCAGACUUUGUGGUGGUGAUGGUGGCCUCCGGGUCAUUGUACACCUGGAAAGUUGCAGAGGAGACGGUGUGCCAGCACUUUCAGCUGCCGCAUAUGUUUCACUGUCAGCCAAAAGACUUCCAGAUGUCUUCUAAUGGCAGCUAUGCACUGUUGUCCACUUCUAACGGCUCCAUCGACCUCUUAGAUCUGUCUGGUGUUAGAUUGUUGUCAUUCAAAGUCAAGGGUCUUGUGGUUGAAGCGUGCUUAGAUAAAACUGGACGUUACCUUGCAUACAUGUACCAUCCCACUGGUCUGAACAACAGCUGUACCUGUGACCUUCACACGAAGCCUGUCCUCGCAGUCACACGGCUUUCAGAUGGAGACAGAAUAGGAAGUGUGCAUCUGUCUAAGAAUCCGUCAUCUAUGGUUAUCUGCGAUCGGCGUAUCUUUGUGGGUUUUGAAGACGGGUCCGUAGGUAUUUACUCCGUUUUAGAUGGUAUGAUUAAUGAGGAAGAGUUAAUUAGUGACUAUAGGAAAGGUCAGCAGAAACGAUGCCCCUUUGACGUAACACCUUUCAGCUGGUUUCCUCUUGAGAAUCCCAAUAUUACAUGGCCUUGAGGUUAUUACACGCAGAUGAACAAAGUAUAUGGACGAUUCAUUUCGUAGAACACAAGAGAAAAACAUCGAAAGUCUGUAC